GCGAGGCCAUGGCGGGCAAUGCGAGGGGGGAGCGUGGCGGGUCGGGGUCGAUGCGGGGCUCGGUGGGUGCGGCGGGGCUGCCCGGGGCCGGGGUGCCCCGGGUCGGAGCGGUCGCUGAGCGCCCCGGCAGGCCCCCAGGACGCCGCGUGCCCGUCCCCGCGGUGCCGCCGCCCCGCAGCGAGGGACGCGGCCGCCGUACGCUGGUUCCACGCCGCCAACAGCUUUGCCCGAACCGUCCGAGCCGCCCGCAGUGAUGUUCACAUGAUAGAAGCAGAUGUUCUUCUUCGUGGUGGCAAGGGAGGAAGUGAAGACCCUAUCAUGGCUCAUCCACCUGAAACAGACAGUGACAUCACAUUGGAGGAAUGGCUAAACGAGAUCAUCCACACAGAUAAAGGCAUCAAGCUGGAUUUUAAGAGCCUAGAAGCUGUACGGCCUUCCAUGGAGCUUCUUGAACGCAUGAGGCAGCAUUUGAGGCGACCUAUUUGGAUCAACGCAGAUAUCCUAGAAGGACCUAAUGGAAGUAAUGCAGUAGUGGAUGCAAAAGGGUUUCUCGACACUGUCACUUCAUUUUUCCCAGAUGCAACCUUAUCACUGGGAUGGACAACUGGCUGGCAUCCUGACAAACAGAAUAAAGGCUAUGAUUGGACAAUGGUGAAAGAAAUGGCUCAGAUAUGCAGUACGCUUUCCCAGCCUGUAACUUUCCCCGUGAGAGCAGCAUUAGUUCGACAGUCAAUAUCUGAGCUGUGUUGGUUAAUGCAGCAGUCGGAUAGAUACAGCCUCACUGUUUGGACAGGAAAUGAAGAUCUAUAUUCUGUGGAAGAUUUGCUUUACAUCCGAGAAAGCUUUGAUAAAAGUAGGGUUUAUUAUGACAUCUUAGAGCCGCAAAAUUCCGAAUUCAAAAAAGCCAUAGGACUAGAAUCGUAAAUACAAGAUGCUGAAGAAUUUGGUUCCAGCACCAGAUGUGUGUUGUCUUUCUCACAUCAGCAGUAUCUCUGCAAUUGCACCAGGAAGCUGUAUUUGAACAUUCCAAGUUCCCUUGUGCAGAGCGAAGUUUGUAUAAACCUCAGCUUAUGCAGCCCACUGUCAGGAAUUUAUGUUCUUGAUGAUGAAGAAGACAGAGCUAGGAGCCUAAUUGUGAUUCCUCUCAUUGUUACCUUGUUCAAUUGUUCAAAUUAAUUGUAGUAGCAGAAAAAAAAUUUGCUUAUGCAAAUUCAUAAUCUCAAUGGGGAUCUGGUAGAAUUAAAAUGUGUUUUUAAAAGGUGUUUUCAUUAUUGUAUUCUUAAAAUGUAUGCAAAGGUCAAGUUGGUAUUUUAAAAUUCACCAGCUUUUGAGAGAGAAGGCCGUAACUCCUGCUGUCUGUGGCUUGUGAAAGUGAUCAAAAUUGCUAAAUGAUUCCUUCGUGGGAAAACAUACAGGAAUUACAGUUCAUCAGCAUGCAUCUGCAUCUGGAUUUCAGAAAUUUGGGAAUAAACUGGACUGUAUGCGAUUCUAAAGCAAUGCCUUCACUGUUCAGUUUAAGAUCAUAGUAUGUUGUUUAAAUAGUAUGUUGUUUAAAUGUUUUGUCUUGCCUGGGACAAUAGCUCUGGAUUAUUGUUAACGCCGCAGCGUGGUGCUGGCACAAGAGAUGCUGUCUUUAUGAAUUAAUUCAAAAUAGUGGUUUUGACGUCGUGUUAAUAACUCUGAGAUCUCUGGUGCCUACUUCAGCGUUGAACUUUUAACACCUUGGCUUCCUGAACCCCCACUUAGAUGAGCUGUGUGGCUAAGGCAAGGCCUGCGUUCUGCUGGGGGUUGGACGAUACCUCCAGAGGUUGCUUUCUGCCCAGGUGUUCUUAUGAUUUAAUGAGACAUUUCACUUGCUGCAUCGUACGUACUACCACAGAGGAUUAGUACAGAUGCAAAGGGAAUUGUAAGUAACUCUUCUGUAAUUCCUGUAGUUUGGUUAUUGCAAGCUUAACUUUCAUCUUUGUUGAGCUUUAACAGAUACUUACAAGGAAUUUUUUUAAGUAAAGAAUUUCCACGAAGUAACUUGACUGCUCCUGUCCUUGGUUCUGUUGUCCAUUCUGUACCAGCAAAAAGAAGCAGGCUUAUGUUUUAAUUGUGUGAAAUGCUAAAGCCAGGGACAUUCCUAGGGGGUCUGCACUUUCUUCCAACCAGCUUACAAGCAUUGUCAACCAAGGAAAUGCCUGUCUCAGGUAACAGGUCUCCUUCCUUGAAGGACAGGAGUUUUGCAGGAAUUUUGCAUACAUUUUAAAAUAAAGUCAACCU